AUGGCCAGGGUAGCAUGUGCGGUGUCCUUGAUGCUGCUGCUUGUGCUCUACUCCCGCGGGGUGUCCUCAGCCCCCGCCCAGCACCUGUGUGGCUCCUACCUGGUGGACGCCCUCUACUUUGUGUGUGGGGAACGGGGUUUUUUCUUCAGUCCAAACCGACUCUACAGGCGGGAUCUGGAAGAUCUGCUCGGCUUCCUGUCAAAAAGAUCCAAACAAGAGCACCAGCCGCAGAGGGCUCUGUCUGGCCACAUUGAGCCCAAGGUGAAGAGAGGCAUCGUGGAGCAAUGCUGUCAUAAGCCAUGCAGCAUUCACCACCUUGAAGGCUACUGCAACUGA